AUGGCCACAAUAGCAGCCGCGUCGACCACGGCGGCGGCAAGCCUUCUUCUAUAUGCCAACCAUUCUCUCGGCAUCACCAAGGACAUCCAACAGUACCGACUGGACCAAUCCUUCAGCAAACGGUUCCCAGAAUUCCUAGGCAAACUAGGACCGCAAUCACCCCAUCUCUAUCGCAUGUUGGAACUGGCCGACCCCAACGCCGAUGCGCUCUACUUUGAAGGACGGACAUGGAACUACCGGGCCGUGAAAGCCCAGGUGGACGAACUCGCCCUGGGCUUACACACGUCUCUGGGCGUCAAGAACGGAGACAUCGUGGCCGUGUUCAUGGCCAAUUCGCCCGAGAUGUUAUUCACAGUCUACGCACUCACGCGACUCGGCGCGGCCCCGGCUCUGAUCAACAAUGCCCUUCGAGACGAGACGCUCCUUCACUGCGUGCGUCUGCCCAACGCGAAGCUUAUCCUGACGACUCCCGAUCUCGCCAUCCACGCAGCCACGGCGGCACGCUCGCUGGGCUCCGGCUCCGGUACCGUUGAUAUCAAGACGGUACGACUAAACCUUGGCUCGUUCCGACCCAGCCCCGUCCCCAGCGAAGACGUGCUUGACUUUCCCUUUCCCGACCCAGCGGCCCAGGGACAGCUCCCACCAACACCACCAAAGACGCUCGCCAGCUUGGGCUGCUUGAUAUACACGUCGGGCACGACGGGCAAACCAAAAGCGUGCAGCAUCAAAAACGCCCUGCUCUGCGUCGUGAGCUGCACGACGUCGGUCGACCACGCCAACCCCAAGAAAUACCUCCGCGGUCUGCGCACGUACUCGUGCAUGCCGCUGUUCCACGGCACGACCUUCUUCACGGGCCUGUGCUACAGCGUGGGCCAGUCCGGGUGCUUCUGCAUCGGGCGGCGGUUCAGCGCGCGCAACUUCUUCAAGGAGGUGUCGGAAAGCAGGGCCACGCGCAUCCUGUACGUCGGCGAGCUGAUGCGCUUCAUCCUCGCGACGGCGCCCGGCGAGUACGACCGCCGCCACUCGGUGCUCGUGGCCGCCGGCAACGGCCUGCAGCGGGACGUGUGGGUGGCGUUCCAGCGGCGGUUCGACGUGCCCGAGGUGCGCGAGUUCUACCGCAGCACCGAAGGGAUGGUCAAGUUCGACAACGUGCACCGCCGCGGCCGCCCGGGGGCGGGCAGGGUGGGGUACAUGGGGGUGCUGCGCAAGCGCGUCUUCGACAAGGGCGCGCAGCACAUCAUCAAGUUCGACUACGACUCGGAGAUGCCGGUGCGCGACGGCAAGACGGGCUGGUGCGUCGUCGCCGACCGCGGCGAGCCCGGCGAGGCCAUCGCCCGCGUCCGCGACAUGUCGACCUACAUCGACUACCACGGCAACCCGGAGGCGACCGAGAAGAAGCUGCUGCGCGACGUCUUCGAGAAGGGCGACGUGUGGCAGCGCAGCGGCGACCUGCUGAUGCAGGAGCGCGACAACUGGGUCCGGUUCGUCGACCGCAUAGGCGACACCUACCGCUGGAUGGGCGAGAACGUGUCGGCCGGGGAGGUGCGUGGCUUCAUCUCCGAACUCGACCGCGUCAAGGACGCCGUCGUCGUCGGGAGGAGGCUGGACGGCUACGACGGACAGGCCGGCACCGCGUUGAUCGUGCUGGACACGCAGGGCGAGAAGGGCAGCGGCAGCGGCGGCGAGCAGGCGUUCAUGGCCGGUCUGUUCAAGGCCCUGAGGGCGAAGGGCGUGCCGAGGUACGCCGUCCCGCGGCUCGUCAUGGUCCGCGAGGAACUGGUCGACGUCGGCGACACGUUCAAGCACGCGAAGAACGUCGUCAAGAACAUCGAGUGGGGCGUCGACGGGGGAGGGAGGCAGUAUUUCCUGGAUUUGGACAACGAGACCUUCAAGCCCCUUGAUUCGACGGCCUGGAAGAGGAUCGAACAGGGCAAGGCGAAGUUGUAG